UUGCUGUUUGUCCAUUUUAGGUAGCAAUGUCGAGCCGUUGCACCUCGCCAGUGUUGCUUGUGAUUGUCCUAUUUGGAGGCAGCAUGCUUCCUACGCAAUGCUUCCUUGGAGGAUCGCGCAAGGUAUGCAGCUGUGCAGUUUGAUCAAUGAUGAAUGCGGGAUGCUUUUCCGACUUGGAAUUGGUUUGAUGGAGAUGGCCCAGAUGGUCUGAAUCCCGGAGAGACAGGUGUCCUAUUGCUGCGCCGCAGCGCGCUUUUGCUUCUUGCGGCGCCCGCUUGGAUGCCUGCGUCAGCGCUGCCAGGGUCGCCUCGAUUUGCUGGCAAAUAUGAUGAUCCCGACUACCCCGGUGCCCUGGCAUUGAGGGAAGGCAUAGUUCCUGUCAUCAGGAUGAUGGGUUGCUGGUGGACUUCUCAUCCAGAGGACCAAAGCUUCAUCCGGUGGAUUGAACAAACUUGUAGCUGCUAACUUGCACUGGCACUAGGUUAUUUGAGAACACGCUGUGACUGUAGGAGGCCCCACUGCCGUGAUUGUCACCUGGGUUAGUGGCAAUGGUCUGCGCUUUCCUGACGGUCGAGUUUGGACCCGUCGACGGUAGAAGACUGGUCUUCUUGAAAGGAGGCAUCCAGAAGACAUCGGCACCUGCAUCCAGGACAAAGGCAUCCGAUUUCCACUGGUCACUGACGGCUCCAAGUGCAAAGACACUGCAACAAGACGACUGGGGAGACAGAACUCCUUCCAGAACUGUUUCAGGUGGUGCAUAGUGCGGUGCACAAUAGCAACCAAGUCGAUGGC